AGUUCGAACCGGCGGUGGCCGAACCCAAAAAUUCUUUGACUCUUUCGCUUGACAGUUUGUUCAAGUAGAACGUUUUCAUUUCGGCACAACACGUUUCGUGUCUUUACGACUUAAAAAAUGCGUUACGUGGCCGCAUAUUUACUGGCUGUGCUGGGUGGGAAGGCUUCCCCAGGGGCUGCGGACGUCGAGAAGAUUCUCAGCUCCGUUGGUAUUGAAGCAGACUCUGAGAAACUUAAGAAGGUGAUAUCGGAGUUGGAUGGCAAGAGUGUUGAGGAGCUGAUCGCCUCGGGCCGAGAGAAGCUGUCGUCGAUGCCGGUGGGAGGCGCCGCUCCCGCCGCCGCCGCCGCCGCGCCUGCCGCCGCUGCUGCCGUCGAGAAGAAAGAAGAGAAGGAGACCAAGAAGGAAGAGUCCGAAUCAGAAGACGAGGACAUGGGCUUUGGUCUUUUUGACUAAAUACUUUUUUAUAUGCCAGCGGCGUAUGCGGCCGUUGUCCCAGUUAUGUUUUAAGCGUAACUUGACGGCAAUUAUGUUUCUAUGAAAUAUAUUUGCUGAAACUA